CGGUCGAUGGGAGACCACCCGUCGUUUGUGGGUCGUCAGAAGAGUACGAAUGUUAUGCUAAAAUUCAGGGAAAGCAAUACUGAAAUAUGUUGUCUUCACUAAGUAGAGCUGUAGUAAGGGCUUCAAAGCCUAUGGCCAAAGUGUUUUCAAGUACCUUUCCUCAUUUUAGCAACAGCAUGUCAAGUUUAUGCACAGAACUGCUCCAAUAGCAUCAGAUCAUUUGUUUGUGCACCGGGAUACACCAGAAAAUAAUUCAGAUACCAAAUUUGAAUUCUCUAGUGAAAAUUUAAAGCGUCUUAAUGACAUCAUGGCCAACUACCCAGAGGGUCACAAAGCAGCGGCUGUCAUCCCAGCUUUAGACUUAGCCCAGAGGCAGCAUGGUUGGUUACCCAUCUCAGCUAUGCAUAAGGUUGCCGAGAUACUCAAUAUGCCCAAGAUGAGAGUAUAUGAAGUAGCUACAUUCUACACAAUGUUUAACAGAGAACCUAUCGGCAAGUUCCACGUCCAGGUUUGCACCACGACACCGUGUAUGCUGUGCAACGCUAGAGAAAUUUUAAAAGCAAUUGAAGACAAUUUGAAAAUUAAGUGUGGUGAAACUACUAAGGACAAGAUGUUUACUUUGACGGAAGUUGAGUGUCUGGGUGCGUGUGUAAAUGCCCCUAUGGUGCAGAUAAACGACAACUAUUAUGAGGACCUGAAAGUUAGUGAUAUUAAUGAAAUCUUAGAUGAUUUGAAGGCAGGAAAAUCCCCUAAGCCAGGCCCAAGGAGUGGUCGCUUUGCCUGUGAACCAAUCAAUGGACUAACAUCCUUAACAGAACCACCUAAAGGACCGGGAUUUGGUGUUCGUGAAGACCUAUGACCUACACAUUGAUAGAUUUAACUUAAAUAUUGAUAAAACCUCUGUUAUAUAAUUUAAUAACUACUGUAACCAGUAGCUUUUACAGUUUGUUGAAGUGUUGCUACUAAUAUGUAUAUACAUAUAUAUAUAUACAUACAUAUAUAUAUAUAUAUAUAUAUA